UCAUUGUAGUAACAAAUAGCUCACCCCCACACUCUCUAAUUCCCCCCCAUUUCUUUUCCCUCAAUUUGUUCCUCCUUCUAAUCCAUCAAUGGAGGCAGAAGAGGCCGCAUCUUUUAAUCAUUCACUACUCAAGGGUUUAGCAUCCUGCAACGCUAAAACAAGAACCAAAUCGAUUAAUUCCCUUCUCAAUUGGCUUUCUUCUCAAACCCUGAUUUCCGAUGACGAAUUUAAGAAACUUUGGAAAGCCCUUUUCUACUGCAUGUGGCAUUGUGACAAGAUUGAAAACCAAAUCCACCUAAUCAAUCGUCUUUCUACUCUUCUCCCAAAUCUUCCUUUUCCUGUUUCUCUCUCCUACUUCUCACACUUUCUUCUCACUAUGCGAAGAGAAUGGCCUGGUAUUGAUCGUCUCAGGUUAGAUAAGUUCUAUCUUUUAGUUCGUAGUUUUGUUAGGAAUUUUUUUGUUUUGUUGAAGAAUACGAACUGGGAUUUAUCUACGUUAGAAGAUUUUGUUAGGGUUUUGGAAAAAGAUUCUAUACUGUAUGUUGGUGAUAAUGAUGGAAAGAAAGGGGAUAAUGGGUUGGGAAAUGGUGUCAGUUAUCAUAUUGUUUCUGUCUUUUGUGACGAGCUUAAACCCUUUUUGCCUUUGAGAUUGGAGGUUUUGAAUUUUCUGUUGAGGCCAUUUUUAGGGGUUUUGUGUAAAAGUGAUAAUAAGGUUUUGGUGAAUAAAGUUAAGUGUAAUGUGUUUGAUUAUUUGAUUAAGAAUGGAAAGGGUUUGUUGAGUGUUAAGAAGUUGGAGGAAAGUGAGGUUGAUCAGAAAACAGAAGUGUUUUUGUUUGGAACAAUUGCAUUAGGUUUGGGGUUUGCUUCAAGACUUUUUGAGUUGGGUUCUUCAGUAGAUUGUGUUCAGGGGAAUAGAAAAGUUGUAUUUAGUUUACAUGAGGAGUUUUUAAAGUUGGAGAAGGAGAAGGUUUUAUUGGGUUUUGAUGUUUCGCUUCCUGAGGUUGUUGAUGAGGUGCCGAAUUUGAUUCGGAUUAAUGGGGAUUUUAAUGAAGCUGGGCAUUCCAUGAAAAUGAAUGGGGUUGUAGCGGGGGAGCUGUCUGAUGUGAAGAGUAAGGAGUCAAAAAAGGGGUCUAAAGAGAAUAAGACGAAGAAGAAGAAGAAAAAAAAGAAGGGGGUUAAUAAUUCUGGUGGAGUUACUGAGAAUGAUUCUAGCUGCGACAGUGAAAUGGUUAGUGUAGACAACAACUCGAAUGUAGAAGGUCAGGAUGGGGUGGAUGGAAUAGAAUUAAAUGAGACCCUAAUUUCGAAUCUCCAACAGCAGUUUGAAAAGAUUGCUGCUGAGUCUGGAUUAGAUGGUGAUGGAGUAAGUGCCAUUGAGUCUCCGGCAACAGUUCAAGUUAAAGAUAAGUCUACUAAGAAGCGUAAGAGAUCAAAGUCUGUACCUGUAGCUGAUAUGACUAGCCAAAAUGAUGUUAAUAAAGAAGAAGCUGCGCCUAAUACCGAGGAUAAGAGUGGAAAGAGAGUUAGGUUUGUCAUGAAGAAUAAUAUAGUUUGGAAACCUCAUAAUCCUUUACCACCACAAAGUGUGAGGAUACCUCCUUCUUCUACACCUAGGGGCAGUGCCCUGAAGAAGGGUUUAUCACCAGGACCCAUUAGGGAUACAACACAAGAGACCAAGAAAGCAAAGAAGAAGAAGCCUAGUCCACUCAAGAGAGCUAAAAAGGUGAAGAGUGUAUCCCCCUCGGUCAAACGUGUCAAGAAGAAGGUUAUGCCUAUGUCUUCCUAGUUGCUGCUUCAUCUUGCUGGAUCAGUGCUGUAGUUGCUUGAAGCCCUUCUAUGUAAUUUGGUGUGAAAUUCAUGAGCUGAUGUCUUAUGCUUUCGGAUUUUGCUCAUGUUACCCAUGUUGAUUGAGGCACUAAAUAUGCUUACAUAGUUGGAUUUUCUUUGAUUUACAUAAUGGUUUCAAUGAGUUCAUUUUAGUCUUAUCUGAAGUUAGAAAAUUGAAUUGAAUUUGUUCUUUAAUCUUGUUUUUGAGGAAAUUUUCACUUUGUGAAUGACUAUACUUUAUUUGAGACAUAUACUAGAUUUUAGGUGAGUUUACUACGAGUUUAUUUGGUCAUGAUUAUUACAAUCUCGGAAAAUGUUUUUUGUACUUGGGAAAAUUUCCAUGAGUUAAGUUUUGUUGGGCUUAUGAGCAACUUUUGUUUUGUACUCUAUAUUUCAUCAAUUUGAUUUAUUAAAACAUCUUCUCAGUAUGCUUUUGGU